CUUCACCCUCUUUAUAUAAUCCUUCAUUCAAAAUAAGUUGCAAUUAACUUUCAAUUUCAUAGCUUCAUUCUUGCAACUAUUCUUGGUACAUAAAAAGCUGCUUUAAAGAAAUCAUGACAUUCUAUAGUUCUGCCACUCAUUUGCUAGCUCAAAUGGCAAAGUUUAAUAUUAACCAAAAGUCUUGGAUGGAAGUUGCUGUUCCAGCUGUUCUAAUGGCACCUAAUAGAAUUUCAGUUUCUCCUCAGCUUGAGACUAUAUUUGAAGAAGAGGAUUCUGAUAUUUAUGAGCUACUUUUGGGGUCGGGAAAUUGUAUUUUUGUUCCUAAAGAUUUGAGUUCUCUAGAGUUGAAUUAAUAUUAGCUUAGUCAUUUGAUGUUUUUUUUUUUUUUUUGGUAUACUUGCUGAGAGUUGUGAAGAUCUCUCUCUAGAUUUGUUAUUUUCUUUUUACCACCAAAUCCAAAUCAAGCUCAAGUGUUAUAGACUCAAAUCUGUCUAGAUUAUGGACUGUCGUGUAUCAGUGUAUGUAAACUAUAAAAUCUGAAAUUAGUUCACUGUGCA